AUGGAAUCUGUUGAAGUACAACAUGAUGGUUCCUCACAAUAUAAGAAAGUUAAAUCAAAUUCUAAUGCUCUGAAUUCUCUUAGAGAUGUAUUUAUGAUUUAUAUACAUUCUACUAUCUUGUGGUCAUAAAUCUUGGCAAGAUUAAUUAAAUCUAAAAAUCCUCAAAAUGCCACUACUAAUCCAAGUCUUAUACUUGAAGUGCUAAAUUGCCAGAAUAUUAAGCCUUGA